AUGGCCCCUACACGGUCUGCUUCGGGCUGCCCGCAGGCGACGGCUUCGACUGCCAGCCAGAGGCUGGCUUUCAGAUCCUCCUUCGAGGAGCCUGGGCGGCGGGCAUCCGUGCGGGAGGUCAGCGCGUCGAACUUCCAGGCGUUCUACGACAUGUCGGUCGUCACGGCUCAGGAGUCGGCCGCGAACAUGGCCUCCAUCGUUCUCGUUGUCUUGGUCAUGCUGGGUUUUGGUAUGCUGAUGAGUAACAGCAUCAGCGUCGUAGCUCUGGCUCCCCUGGAGCGCAUGUUGAGCGUGGUGAGGGGGCACUGCAAGCAGAUCUUCAAGUUCGCUGCGGGCAUCCAGGAGGACACCGUGCCCGAGGACGACACGCGGGCAGACGACAACGAGUUCCAGUUGCUGGAGGACGUGAUCGCCAAGCUCGCCGCCAUCGUCUCGCUCUCGACGAAGAACGGGGAGCCUCAGGUCACCAAAGACAUGAAUGAGGAGGACGUUGUCCAGCUCCACUGGAUGCAGGGCGGCACCGCGCCCAAGCUGUCGCACCAGUCUCAUCACGGCAGUGCCGGGAGCGUGGCCUCAAAUUCGCUCCGAGCUGCUACGUCGACAGUCACAGUGGCCUCGUCGAGACCGUCGAAUGCCCCAUCCUCAAACGAUGCGGAGGAGAGGUCCCUCAAUGACUCGACGACCAGGGCAUCUGGAGCGCGCCCCAGGCUGGGACGAUCGCCGACAGGGAUCAUGGAGUGCGUCUCGGUCGAUGUGGUUGCCUCCCUCGACUCGGCCCACUGCAACGUGCUGGACUGGGGAAAAGAGCUGCAGCUCGGGGUCUGCGGGUACAUUAUUGCACACAAGGCGGGCUGCGCUGACUGGGUCUGCAUCAACGUCGAGAGCCAGACGUUGUUCAAGUUCAUUUCGGCCGUAGAGCAGGGGUACCCGCCAAAUCCCUUUCACAACUUCUCCCACGGUGUCGACGUGCUCUACUCCGUGGCGAGAUUCCUGCAGCUGAUCGAGGCGGGCAGGUUCUUCACCGAGGUGAUGCAGUACCUCUUGCUUGUCGCUGCCCUGGCGCACGAUGUCGGGCACCUUGGGGUGAACAACCAGUUCUUGAUGGAGACCUCUCACGAGCUCGCCAUCAAGUACAACGAUAGGUCACCGAUGGAAAUGAUGCAUUGUUCGAAAUUGUUUCACAUCGUGAGGGACCCUUCUUGUGAUAUCUUCAACAAGAUCGAGAAAACCUUAUACAAGGAAAUGCGGAAACACAUCAUCGACGGCAUCCUGCACACAGACAUGACGCACCACGUCCCUAUGGUCAAGGACCUAGGGCUGCUCUACCAGAUGAACUCGGACGCUUUUGAUCGGCUGGACCCUGGCUCCGUGGUGAACGACGACUCACCUCACAUUGUCCAGACUGUGAUGAACGCGCUCCUGCACUGCGCUGACAUUUCCAACCCGAUGAAGCCGUGGGAGCUCUGCCACAGAUACGCCGACAUGGUCCUCGACGAGUUCUUCGCCCAGGGCGACAAGGAGAGGGAGCUUGGCGUGCCCGUGCAGUUCCUGAACGACCGUGCGAAGGUCAACCGGCCCAACUCCCAGAUCGGCUUCAUCGAGUUCGUGAUCGCCCCAAUGUGCGAGGUCUGUGUCCAGCUGUUCCCCCAACUGAGCGGCCUCUCCGACGACUUGGGCCACAACAUAAAGAGGUGGAGCGACAUGUGGCAGGCCGGGUCGAGUCUGGAGCAGGCCGAGAUCGACAAGGUCAACGCACGGGUCCAGAAGGUGGUCCUGCGCUGCAAGGACCUGCGACACACAGGGGCCGGCGGCAUCGCGAUCGCUGAGCCGCCCUGA